CACAUUGAACAAUAACAGGUGGAUCUUCGAUCAAAGAUGGCAGCGUACCGGUAUUAUAGUGUGUACGGAAAUUGGUAGGCGAAAAAGGCGGAACCGAUUUUCGAUGGUGGAUGUUUCUCAGGAAUCCGACGAAUUGCUCGUGAGAUCAGGAUAUCAAAGAAGGCUUCAUGAGAAUUUUGGAUUAACCGUGCAUUCUGCUGUGCAUUUGUUUAAGAGUUACCCCAAGUUGAUGAUUCGCAUCAGAGAGAAGAGGUGUAUAUCCAAGUGAAUCCUGACGCCGUCGCUGAUCAACAGGUCCCCGCAAAGGCUGAGGAGACCAUAACAUCAGCUGGGUGUCAGUUGGAGAACGGUACUCCAGCCCCUCAGCCAAUCAGAGACAGUGAGGCUGAACAGUCGGUACCGGACUCUGGACAGGAACAGCGGCUAACAGCAGUCCCAUCAGGCAGCGACCCCACCCAGGAACAGGAUGCCCCAGAGGUAGACAAACAGGACAACCCUACCCAGAGAGUAGACCCUGGCACGGACGAAGAAUCGGAGCAGGGUAUCGAACCGGAAUGGACGAUUCUGGACGCCGAUGAUCUAGCCUGCGCAUCCGACUACCCAGAGUUUGUCAAAUUGCGGGACCGCGACCGCGAUUACGACCACAAUCGGAGUUCCAAGGCCAGCUCAAAGAGGUUUUACAUUUCUGGCUCUUGGGAGCUGCUGUACAACAUGGCCGCAGCCGAGAUCGAACAGCCGAUGGAGGUUGAGGAGGAGCUGCCUGUAGAGGGCGCCGAUCAACAGGAUGGGGAAGAGCACACAACCGAGGGUUUGAGGGAGAGCGAAGAAGAUGAACUUGAUCAAGAUAACACACUAGACGACUCCGCCAGUGCCAAGAAGAAGAAGUUCAAGCCCUGGAAGUCCAUCCGCAACUUCUUCAAGAAGAAGCGGCCAGGCAAGGAGGACGGGGAAGGAUUGGACGAGAGCCUAGGGGUCAAAUCCAAGUCCACGGGGGAGCUGAACCGGCCAAUCAGUGACGAGGACGGAACUGAAGGGGAUGAGACUACAUCUCCUGGCCUGCUUUCCCCCAGCCUAGCCAAGGGCUUCAGCAAGUCUGAAGACAGUGUCUUCAGUCAAGAAAAACCAGCUCCCACCAAGGAAGAAGUCCGCACAUCAGCAGAGAUGCAUAUGCCAAGCCCGUUUGCGAGUGAGCUCGAGGCCAAGCUGAAGAGACGCUCAGGCUCGGAGGAUGUCACAAACAAGACGGCCACAGAGGCAGGGGUGGCCAAGACCCCAGAGCACAAACCAACGCCGCCAAAACCCGCACCCAGGACCAGCGAGAAGAGAAAGAGUGCUACUAUCACUAUCAGCAUGGAUGAUGAGUUCUCCACUCGUCAACAGCGGCAACCUCCGGCCACAAAAGCCAGGCGAUGGAAGAGCUUCACGGCGGCGACUCACGAGGAAAGGAAACAACAACAAGAGGAGAGCAAGAUUCGAAUAACACCGCCAGAGGUCACUGAAUCGAUCGACAUUUUUGACUUGGGUAGCACCAGUCUACUCGAGAACCCAGCCGCCCGGCAUCGCAUCUCAGUUGCCCCCAGGGCAAGAAGGGCAACAACCAGACCUGGACACAGACCUUCCAAACGGCCAGUCACAACACACGAAAUCCUCCCCAAGCCAGCCGACACGCCCAAGAGCCUAUUUACAAGUGAUAUGCUAACCCCUGCACAGCCAAACACUGUCCCCAACUUACCACACUCAUUGGCAGUCCCACACUCCCUGUCCACAAGCCCUGACCAUAAGGAAACACCCACUGCAGUCAACUCCUCCAUAGAGACUAGGUCAUCUCCAUCGGGUAGCGCUGACCCAGUGACCCCUGACCCCAGCACGGACCUGAUCAGUUGGGGAACUGACUCAGAGAGUUCUGAGCAAAAAGAAGGGUCCUUGUUGACUUCCUCGGCAAGGAAGCCAGAGUCCUUGUCGACUUCCUCGGCAAAGAAGCCAGAGUCGCCCUUUAUGUCCGAGCUUAGCAAUGUCCUCAAGCGAACCGGGCGUUCCAAGACCAUGGGAUCCCGCCCGAGUUCUUACGAAUCACGCAGCAUGCCAUCUCCCUCUGACUACUGUAACAUCAUCGACUUGGCCGGGUCUGAAACAGCCAAGCCCCACAGUCCAAUGACAACUGAUCAGGCUGCAGCUCAAGUGCCAAAAGUUGAUAAGCAUGAGUACGUGGAAGUUGCAAAAAGGAGAUCUCACACCCUGGGUGGGGUGAAUGUUCGGUCAGCCCGACCCCUAUCCCAACCCGACAUGCAUUUGCACCACACUGGAGAUUUAGCACGCUUAAUGAAAAAAGGGGAAGGCAACCGAUUGGUGGAUAACCAGGCUUCUCCAAAGGAAGCAGAUGGUGACAAGUUUGCCAAUUUGGGGGUCCAUUUGAAACCCAUCGAUCCCCCUCCCAAACCGCCACCCAGACCACAGAAACCUGAUGCGAAAGUCAAAGACGAGCUAGUGGAUUUUGGGGUCCAUCUGAAACCAACUGGUAGCCUGAACAAAGACUUGAGUGACACAGGGGCCAAGCAUGAUCAUGAUCUCUCUAAAGCGAAGCAAACAAAUCCACAGAAUAUUACGCCAAUUUAUGAAAAUGCACCCAUAAAACCCCCUCGGCAUGAUCAGCACCAAGCAACCUGUGAUCCCAUUCCCCCACCACGCCUUAAGAAGCGAAGAUCUGCCUCAACAGGCCAACCCCCCUUUGCUUCCCAUCUCAUAGCGUUACCUCCAAUUGCGAAUCCCACCGACACAGAACCCCUACUAACCACUCAUGACAAUGACCCGGGGGCUCAAAAAGCGGCUGGGAAUGAGACUAACCCUGCACUAACUGGCACCAGUGGCCAAAUCGCUGCCACAGCUGUUGAGACUCCGAAACAGCGGUCGAGCAGUCUUACCGGUCUGUUGGGCCCUGCUCAGAGUGAUGGUGAUGCUAACACUGCACUGCAUGUUAAACCUCGUGCCACUACUAUGCAUGGUGUGAAUUUGUUUGACAAUUCAGAAGCCAUGAAGGGGAAGAAAUCACCCACAUCUCCCCUGUCGCCCAUCUCGCCAAGCUCUCUGAAGGCUAAACCGGUUACCAGGACAGACAGCAAAGAGCCCAAGCAGAGGUUCAUGUAUACUAAGAAGGAUGAGGCAAAGCCCAAAGAGAAAGAAGCUGACGCUAAGAAAGAGGCUGUCUCACCAACCAAGGAGCCAGAACUCCCAAAAGAGGCAAUUUCCCCCAUUGAGGUAUCAUCCCCGAAGGAGGUAUCUAGUCCAACGUCCAUCAAUGAGGUUGCAUCUCCAAAACAGGUAUCUUCCCCAAAAGCUGUUGCCUCUCCAACCAGGUCCAAGUCCCCAACAGUUGAGGAACCUCCACCAGUGUCAGUCGGAUCUCCCAAGGAAGUAGAAUCUCCUAAAGGAGUGGCUGCUCCAAAGGAGGUAGUAUUCCCCGAUGUGGCAUCUACACCUCAGGAGGCAGCAUCUACCCCGAAGGUGGCAUCAUCACCUAAGGAGGUAUUAUCCCCAAAGGAGAUUGGUUCACCAAAGGAAAUUGGUUCUCCCAUUGAAGAGCCAGUGGCGAAAGAAUUAUUCCCUUCAGAGAAGGAUCAGGACUCAAAAGAAGCGCCUGCUUCAGAGGUUCCAUUUCCAGAACAUGCGGUGUCUUUGCCAACAGACUCAAAGGAGGAGGAGAAAGUUGUUGCAACUGAAACUGAAAAAGAGGAAAGUGUGCCCUCACCUGCACAGCAGAAGCCUGCUGAGGCUGAACAAUCAGGAAAGCCGCGUGUGAUGGCGAAGGCUAAGGCAGAAAAACCUGCAGGACCCAGACGGGGUAAUGUGAAACACAAUAUGGCUCUCUUUGAGCCCAAGUCGGUCACCCCUGCGAAGCCGGCAGUAAGCGACAGCAGCAGCGCUCCCCGAGCCAUGAAGCGUUGGUCUCUGGUUGGCAGCCAACGGCCAUCCUUCGAAGAGAACUCCCCAGCCCCGGCUCCAGCCAAGCCUGAAGAGAAGGCCAUCAACUCAGUUGCCCAGAACCGUGAAACCAAGAGGCCAAGCGGGAAGAAACCAGUGUCCCCUCCUAAACAGAAAAAGGUCCCAGCUAACACCACCAUCCAGGACAAGCCGGACUCCCAAAGUGAAGAGGAGCCUGAGGCCAAGCCAAUGAGCUUGAAGGACCGAAUGUCCAAGUUCCAAGCUGGAAGUAAUGUCGCGAAGGCCCCGCUACCCUGGAAGCCACGCUCCAACAGCAAGAGGGAAGACUCUAACAAACAAAAUGAGGCUAACCAAGAGACAGCACCAGAAAAACAAGUCAUCAUUCACGUAGCGGACAAGGCAGAGCCCACACCCAGUAAGCAGGCAGAAGAUGAUAGCCAGAAGGAGUCUCCUGCAGAUGACGCUAGUCAGGGGGAGAAGUCAAAUGAGCUUCAGAAAACUCCUUCGAAUCAAUCAUGCGAAAAUUCCAAUCCGGACAGAAAAGACAGCAUCAGCCAAUCCAUGUCUAGCGAUGAGACCAUGCCUGACGAUGACACUACAGCCAUAAAGGAAAAUCUAGAUACAACCAUUGACGAAGACAAGCCAACUCCUACCCCAACUUCAACAACCACCACCAGCUCCCCAACUCAGGCAUCCCCGGCCCCCAAGCCGUCCCCAAAGAAGCGGGGCUUCGUGCCCAAAGUGGAGCGCUGCAUCGCCUGCCAGCGGCCGGUCUACCUGACUGAGAUGGCCAAAGCCGAGGGCAAGACCUUCCACAAAGGGUGUCAGAAGUGCAGCGAGUGCAACCGGACGCUGAUGAUCGGAAACCUGCUGCUGGUGGACGGCAGUAUUUAUUGCAAGCUGCACGGCACACAAAUGAAGAACAAACUGCUUAAGCUGCGACUAGAAAUUGAGUGAUCGGUAGACGGAAAAACAGAAAUUGCACGCUUGG